UAGCCAAUUGAUAUAAAUAAAACCACAUUAGCUCAUUCCUACAUUUGUCAGUGAGGCGAUCAAAAUGCAAGUCAUCGCUUUGGUCGUACUUUUGGCUGCGGCUGUUUCAGCCGUUCCGGCAAACCCCCAAAGGAUUUUGGGAGGUUCGAUCACCAGCAUCGAAACCUACCCUGACAUGGCCGCACUGCUUUUCACAUGGAACUGGAGUCACUACAAUCAAAACUGCGGAAGUGUAAUCCUGAACCAAAGAUCAGUCCUUACCGCUGCACAUUGCCCAGGUGAUGACCCACCAACAAGAUGGCGUUUCCGCGUGGGUUCCACUUGGGGUAAUAACGGUGGAGUCGUUCACCACGUGACGACCAUUUUUGUCCACCCUAACUUCAACCGCCUCACUUUAAAUUCAGACAUCGCAGUUAUGCGCACAGGAUCUACCAUUGCGUUCACUAACUCGGUUGCCCAAACAUCUAUUGCUGGAACGAACUACAAUCUUGCAGAUAAUCAAAAUGUCAUGGUCGUUGGAUGGGGAGCAUUAUCACAAGGAGGAUCCAUGUCGCCACAGCUGCGCCAUAUACAGUUACGUUCUGUCAACCAACAAGAGUGCAUCAACCGUUUCUCUGACCGUAACUCAGUGAUCAAUGAAAACAACUUGUGUACUGCCAUCCUCGACCAGGGUGGUUUAGGCCAGUGCUCCGGUGACUCCGGUGGUCCCGUCUACCACAACGGUGUUGUCGUCGGUCUGACCUCAUUCGUUGUCAGUUGCGGUAACAACUUCUAUCCCAGUGUCAACACUCGCGUCUCUCGCUUUACUCCUUGGGUCCUAUCGGUUGCAUAAAUGAGAUGCAUAUAUUAUUGUUAAUGCGUCAAUUGUAUAAUUUGUCAAAUGAGAUCUUUUAUUAUAUUAUUAUUAUUUAUCACA